AUGGCCUCCAAGCUGAUUGCCGUGGUUGCUGGUGUAGGCGCAGGUACAGGAGCGUCCGUCGUUCGCAAGUUUGCCAAAGCCUACCCUAUCGUCCUUUUGGCCCGCAAACCCGAAAGCUUCGAGAGCCUAGCUGAAGAGAUCAAUUCUGGUGGAGGAAAAGCCAUCGGCAUUAGCACAGAUGUGUCCGAUGCCGCCAGCCUCAAAAACGCCGUCGAUGCUAUCAAGAAGGAGUUUGGAAACGAGGUCGGCGCCGCUGCUGCGAUUUUCAAUGCUUCUGGAGAUGUUAUGCGGGCGCCGUUCUUGGAGCUUGACCCGGAUGUGUUCGCGCGAGGGUUGGGCGUGAGUGCGAUGGGGGGUAUUCUGUUUAGCCAGGCUGUAUUACCAAUGUUGCUCAAGGGAGCAGCGCAAGGGUCGCAGCAUCCGCCCUCGUUGAUUUUCACGGGUGCGACGGCAAGUGUCAAGAGCAAUGCGCAGAUGGCCAGCUUUUCGACUGGGAAAUUUGCCUUGAGAGCAUUGAGUCAAUCGCUAGCCAAGGAGUUUGGGCCCCAAGGUGUGCAUGUGGCACACGUGAUAGUUGAUGGUAUCAUUGAUGUCCCACAUACGAAGGAAAUGUUCAAGCACUUGAAGCCAGAGGCCAAGUUGACUGCUGAUGGGAUUGCAAACGACUAUUGGUGGUUGCACACUCAACCAAAGACCAAUCUCACAUGGGAAAUCGAUCUCAGACCUGCAGUCGAGAAGUGCUCUUAUGCUCCAUCUUGUAAACAUUUUGAGUUCCACUGGUCUAACACCAACGCCACCAUGAAGCUCACCCUAUCCCUACUGGCUGCUCUCUCAUACACGUCCUGCUUCAGCAACGCCGAGUCUCCUAGAACCAACAGGAGAAUUCAUCACCGCCCCUAUGAUCCGACCUUUCAAUCCUCAAAAACCAAAUACAAUCUCCACCAUCUGCCCCUUGUACCCACCCGAGGCCAAGUCGAUGCCCCGAGACUGCCCAAACGCAAUAACCUUUCCGCUCCUCCGCAACCUCUCAGAAUCCCAUCCCAUUCAUCAACUCCAAACUUUCUUCCUCCUCCCUGGUCUCCAUCUUCAAACCUUGACUCCCCCUACCAUCUAUCAGGUGUAUCGCCCUACGACGACAGCGGCCGCUCAGAGGUUCUCGACAAUGAACCCUCGAUAGAAGCAACGCCGCCGUGGCGCACCUGUCCCGACUCCAACCUGGACUGCGCAAAAUGUCCCCAAGAUGAACGAUGUCGGCACCAGGGCACGCCAUGGUGGCAGGUUGAUCCUACAAUCUCGACGGAUGAUGGCGCAUGGGUUGCAGAGGUGUGCCCGUUGACCACGUGUUCUUCUGCCCCAGGAGGAUGUGGUGAAAACGCAAAGUGUGUACGAGACCAUUGUGUCUGUGAGACAGGGUGGCAGGGAGCCGUAGGCAGUGUGAGGGGGUUCGAGGGGCUACAGGCAGUCACGGUAUGGGUGGAUGCCCAGGUUGAUUGUGAUGUCAAGUGCGAUGGGUGGGGGUGCACAGAGGUACAGCAGGUGGGUGCUUGUUUUGGUAUGCCAUCUGUACUGCCGGUACAGACUGCUCCCGCAGCUGGAGUUGAUGAUGUGGAGACAGCGGAGACGGGAGGCGGUGCGAUCAAAGUACCGGGAGCUGGAGCUGGAGCUGGAGAGCCGGGAGUGGUCAAAAGAGAUCAGAACUAUUGUCGCGCGUGA